GAAAACAAAAUCUUUGACACACGGACACCUACUUUUUGACCCUUGAUGUUACAAUAACUCGCGAAAAACUCAAUAUUAUGAGCUUAAAUUUUUACUGAGAACUAUCAAUGGUCAGAUACAUAUUCAACAUAAAUUUCAGUAAGAUUGAGUGUUCUGGGAAAAUAAAAAUUUUAGAGGGGAGGGGAGCCCUUAAAUCAAUUUAUUUAGAAAGAGUUUAGAAUAAUUUUGUACUUUAAAUUAAUUCAAACUAAUUCACUUGUCCAAUGUGAUGUAAAAUAAUUUUCUUUGAACAUGUUUACAUUAAUUUUGUACUUGAAAAUUUAUUCACACUAAUCUAAGAUGUCGACAUUCGUCUAAACUAAUUUAUUUCGAAUAAAUAUAUUUGACUUCUGAAAUAAAUUCAAACUGUUUUCGACUGUCGAAAUCAGUUCAAGUUUAUUACAAAAAAAAUUAUUCAAAUGAAUUUAAGUAGUCAAAACUGAGUCACGCCACAUUGAAAAAUCAGAAUUAAUUUCCAAUAGUUUCAAUUAAACUGGUUUGGAAUAAUUUAAUGAAAGAAAUCAGUCUAAAGUAAAAUUAGGUAUAAAAUUAGUUUAAAUUCAUUCGAAAUAGAUUAAUUUGAACGAAUUUCAUUUUAAACUAGUUGCUAUUCAUUUUCUACAAACAAAUUGGAAAUAAUUUAACAACUAAAAUCAAUUUAAAUUAAUUUUAAUUGUCGAAUUAAUGUUAACUCAUUUAUUUGAUAUGAAUCUGAAUUAAUCCGACCUCUCAAAUUAUUGUAAAUUAAGUUUUGAAUAUUUUUUUGGUUAGAAAUUACUCUAAAUUAAUUAGAAAUUAUUUAAAAGUUCCAAUGGAUAAGACUCACCAAGCGGCACACUCAGAUCUAUAAAAGCUUUCGAUGAGCCAUUCGUCCAAUAUCACUUUUGUUAAACUGUAGAAGAGUUACUCAGAGGAGAAAACUGUUAUUGAAGCCAGAUCAGCUGACUUUAAACGAAACUUUUCAAAUUGCUGUAGCGAAAAAUGACUUUUUUGAACUUUUCCUUUAUGGAAGACUCUUAUUUUCACAACCUAUGAAGACUGCAGUGAUCGAUUUCUUAGACAUCGGUCAAACUUUAUCCGAAAGAGUAAUGAGUUGAUUGUUUUCUUUAUUUCGUGUUUAGGUUUUUCCAAAAAAAGAUUUUCCAAGACCCGCCAUCAUAUUAUCGGAUAGAGCACAUGUUUUCCUUCAAUGUGCUCUACAAGUAUUCAAUGAUAGUGAAUCAUAUCAACAGUUUUUGGAGCGAGCAUUUCGAAUUGUUAAUCAUCGAGCAACAAAAUCAGAUUUUAAAUUAACUGCUAUUCAUGCCUAUUUGGCACAUAUUAUGUUAGAUAUUCGAAAAUUAUGCAAAAAAUAUAUUAUAAACAAGCAUGAUCGUACUUUAUCAAUGUGGUGUGGUGCAUUACUUGUGAAUACAAACAAUUGGACAGAAAUGGUGGAAAAUUGGAGGAUAAUAUGCACAGUAUUUAUGAACAUGUAUACCAAUAAGAAAAAUAAACAAAUCAUGGACAUAUUGUUCAAAAAAAUUAGUUGUAUCAGUAACGAUCUAAAUUUCAGAACAACUAUAGAAGAUACAACAGAGGGUGAUGAUAAUACACCAAAUGAUCAAUAUCGUUUUGAUAAUACUAAUGAUGACGGUAACAACAAUGGUAUUAGUUCAACAUUAAAUAACAAUUUAACUAGAACUAUCAAGAGAAAACGUAAUUUAAAUGCAACAUUAAUCACUGUUGAUGAAGAAAAAGAAAUGAACAAAACCACCUCAAAAUUUAAAAGUAUAUGUGAUGAAAUUUACGAGCAAUGUUAUUACAACAACGGUAAUUUAUUAGACACACGAACAACAACAAGAAAAGCCAAUAAUGGUAAUAUCAAAUGGUUAAAUUAUUUAAAAACAAGUUUUAUGCCAAGUGUACCCGUCUGGUCGAGUUUGCUGUUAGGUGAUUUGGGUCGUUAUAAAAAACAACUGAACAAUUCUGAUAGUUUAUCAUUGCAAAAAUCUCAUCCACAGCGAACAAAUAAUAAUUCUGAAAGAAGAAUGGGAUAUGAAAUUCGUGAACGAUUAGAUAUUGUAUUAUCCAUUUUGGUUCCAGAUAUGGUGAACACGAUAGAAUUAUUCCAUACUGGCUUAUCAAAAUCAGCUAUAGUCAUUGAAUCUGUUCAAUUUGAAGAAGACGAACAACAGCAACAACGGCUUAAACCAGUGGAAGACCCUUGGCGGAAGAAAUUAGAUAAACGUGGAAGAGGAUUUUACUCACAAAAGCCAAAUGAUUAUAUUUUAUCAAGAAUUACGUCAAAUUUAACGAAUCCACCUAUUGUUAAUGAUUUUUUAUCUCUACCAUUAUUAUCGACACCAGAAUGGUUAACGUGCACCAUAACUUUACUACUAUCUAUUAAAAAUAUUCGUCAACAAAAAUUAUCUCAACAAAUAUAUCCAUCAGCAUUGUUAAAUGAAAUAUGCCAGUUUAUCGAUUAUUGUUCGUCAAUACGUAAUCAAAAGAAUGAAAACAGUAAGAUAAAAAAAAGAAAAGUAGCAACAGAGAAUACAAUAGCAACUACUCAAUUUUCAAUCUCACAAGAUUUUAUAUCGAAUGAUGUGAAUGAACAAAUCGAAAUUAUUGUCAAACAAAUUUUAGUUCCUGUUAUGGAAACACGUAUAGAAGGUGUUAAUUUGUACGAAUGA